AUGAAUGUUUUUUCAAUAUAUAAACAAUCAAAGCCAGCAGCAAGAAAAGCAUUUGAAAGAUGCAGUGAAGGUGCUUUCCUAUUGACAACGACUCCUCGCCCAGUCAUUGUGGAACCUCUUGAACAGUUAGAUGACAAAGAUGGUCUUCCUGAAAAACUGGCCCAGAAGAAUCCAAUGUAUCAAAAGGAGAGAGAAACACCUCCUCGUUUUGCUCAGCAUGGCACAUUUGAGUAUGAAUAUUCUCAAAGAUGGAAGUCCUUGGAUGAAAUGGAAAAACAGCAAAGGGAACAAGUUGAAAAAAACAUGAAGGAUGCGAAAGAUAAAUUGGAAAGUGAAAUGGAAGAUGCCUACCAUGAGCAUCAAGCAAAUCUUUUGCGCCCAGAUCUGAUGAGACGCCAGGAGGAACUGAGGCACAUGGAAGAACUUCACAGUCAAGAAAUGCAGAAACGUAAAGAAAUGCAGCUGAGGCAAGAGGAGGAACGACGUAGAAGAGAGGAAGAGAUAAUGAUUCGCCAAAGAGAGAUGGAAGAACAGAUGAGACGCCAGCGAGAAGAAAGUUACAGCAGAAUGGGCUACAUGGAUCCAAGAGAAAGAGACAUGAGAAUGGGUGGUGGAGGAACAAUGAACAUGGGAGAUCCCUAUGGUUCAGGAGGCCAGAAAUUUCCACCUCUAGGUGGUGGUGGUGGCAUAGGUUAUGAAGCUAAUCCUGGAGUUCCACCGGCAACCAUGAGUGGUUCCAUGAUGGGAAGUGACAUGCGUACUGAGCGCUUUGGGCAGGGAGGUGCGGGUCCUGUGUGUGGACAGGGUCCUAGAGGAAUGGGGCCUGGAACUCCAGCAGGAUAUGGUAGAGGAAGAGAAGAGUAUGAAGGGCCAAACAAAAAACCACGAUUUUAGAUAUCUAGGCUUUCAUUCAGUUUGUUUUUGUCUUUUCUUGUUUAGAUACCACUUUUAAAUUCUUGCAUUUUAGUAAGAAAGCUACCUUUUUAUGGAUGUUAGCAGUUUAUUGACCUGAUAGUUGUAAAUGGUCUGUUUGGGCAGGUAAAAUUAUGUAACGCAGUGUUCAAAACAGGAGAAAAAAAUUUUCUUUUUAUUUACUUUUUUUUAACUGUAUAAUGUUUCUCAAGUUAAUGGCAGUGUACCUUGUGCCACUGAAUUUCCAAAGUGUACCAUUUUUUUUACUGUGCUUCGAAUAAAUAGAAAAAUAGUUACAA